GCUCGGCAGUACUACCUGCAUUCAGCACUCACCGGGCCAUCCUUCCUCGACAACUUCCACUUCUGGACCGCCGCAGACCCUACCCUAGGCUAUGUCCAUUACGUCAACCGUACGAUUGCCGAGCAGAAUGGCAUGAUCACCAUCGCUGGCAAUGCCACAGCUUGGGGCGUAGAAAACGUGCAGGUGCUGGAUCCCGACGCUAACCUCGGUCGACUGAGCAUCCGACUCACCAGCAUUCAAAGUUGGACUCAUGGCCUCUUCAUCAUUGACCUGGCUCAUAUGCCGCCGAACCAGUGCGGCAGCUGGCCAGCCUUCUGGACGCUUGGUAGCGGCCCUUGGCCAGCAAAUGGCGAGAUCGACAUUGUUGAGUACACCAACAAUGUGCCGAACAACCUCAUGGCACUACAUACUUCCGGCUCGCCCGCUUGCACAGUCGCUGGGUCAGGACAGACUGGCACGCUACUCACUGAUAACUGCGCAGCUGCCGAAGGCUACACGGGAUGCGGCAUCUCUGCUACCGUGCCGAACAACAUUGGUUCUGGCUUCAAUGCCAUAGCAGGCGGCAUAUAUGCAAUGGAGUGGACGUCGACAGCUAUUCGGAUAUGGUUCUUUCCACGUAACGAAGUUCCUCCAAGUAUCCUGGGUGCAGAUAGCGUCCUUGGUCCCGAUCCAGCUACAUUCGGUGUGCCAAUGGCCAACUUCGAAGGAGAUUGUAACAUCGACGCCCAUUUCUUCAACCACAGCCUUGUCUUCGACACCACUUUCUGUGGCAGCUAUGCGGGCAACACGUGGCAAGGCGAUAGCUGUCCAAUGGGUGAUCCGCAAAACGGAUGGACUUCCUGCGAGAUAUUCGUCGCAGCGAACCCGCAGGUUUUCAAGGACGCUUACUGGGAAGUCAAUUACUUGAGGAUCUAUCAG